GCACCGAGAGUUCUCCGACUUCAGUCACUGCAGUCUCUUGGUUUGGUGAGGACGGCUUUAGCAAGUGUUUCCGUGCGCAUGCGCGCAUUCAGCACACUCAAUUUCCUCAGAACUCCCCCGAACUUGUGUGGUGUGUCAAAGUCACAAAAUAAUCAACUUUUGGACUACAAAUAAUUCGCGAUAAAUUCAACUUAUGCAAAAUGUGCUAAUCGCAUGUAAAUUCCGCGCGAGAACAGACAAACCCGCUUAGCGCCGGCUCUCGAAUUAUUUUUGACAUCGUAGCAUUUUAUUUUCGUAUGGAAGCACCUAAUCAGCGGUGCUCUCCCCCAAAUAAAAUAAAUUUAUCUACAAUUUAGUUUUGUGAGACAACAAACUUGGAUGAGUGAUUUAAUUAAUUUUUUUCUGCGAAUUUGCACAUCCUUCCUUCCGUCUGGUGAAUACGCGCAAAAGAGAGCCGACGAAUGAGUCACUAUAUACCACAUUAUUAUUUUAUUGCACACCCAUCAUUCGUACUUGGGAGGAGAAAUUUCAAUUCAUAGAAAAGUAGUGUGAAUUUUUUUUAUCGAAAAGGAAUUUCGUGUGUGACAACCUGAGUUUAUCAGAGAGUUUAUCGCGCUUUUUGCUGUGUGUGGACAGAAGAGUGUUCCCUUUUUUUCUGCGGGCAACAAAUUCACCAAACAGUCACACCAUACGACGAGACUUGCCAGAUUGAUUGAGUUGAUAAGGAGCUGCGAAAAUAAGCAAAAAUGGCCACUGUUCUACUCGAGGCACGUCCAUAUCGUCCCUUCAAAUCCAGCGAGGAAUACCUCUAUGCUAUGCGGGAGGAUUUAGCUGAGUGGCUCAAUACCAUGUAUCCGGAAUUGCGAAUUAAUGUGGACAACUUUAUGGAUCGCUUGGACACAGGAGUGGCUCUCUGCAAACAUGCCAAUAAUGUACGAUGUGCGGCAGAAGAGUACCUGGCAAGGCGACAGGCGCGCAAUAAGUCCAUGACAAAAUCAAUGACUUCAGGAUUGGCUGGACCCAUUCUGGCCAUGGGGAAUGUCCACUUCUUGCCAGCUGCAAAGAGUGGAACCUUCUUUGCGCGCGACAAUGUAUCCAAUUUUAUUGCAUGGUGCCGAAAAAGCCUUCAAAUCUUUGAGUGCCUCCUAUUCGAAACGGACGACCUAAUAAUGCGAAAGAACGAGAAGCACGUGAUUCUGUGCUUGUUGGAAGUGGCGAGGCGUGGUGCUAAAUUCGGAAUGUUGGCUCCAAUGUUAGUUCAGAUGGAGCGACAGAUUGAUCGGGAGAUCGCCGCCGAUAACAAGGCAAUGGGGAUGUCUUCAGUGGGUUGCGGCACGCAGACGGAAAAUGGUGUCAAUACGAUAUCGGUUGGCACGGAUGGGAAUGAUAUGUUCGACACAGACUCGGAGGAUGAUGAUGAGACGAGUGAACCGAUGCUAAUGUACGGACCUCAGCCACAAAUUAUCACCAAUGAUUUAAAGAGCCUGGAUGAGAUGGUUCGAGAUCUCGUGGAGAAAUGCACAUGUCCAUCGCAAUUUCCAAUGGUGAGAGUGUCAGAGGGCAAAUAUCGUAUUGGUGACACCAAAGUGCUCAUAUUCGUUCGGAUUUUGCGGUCUCACGUGAUGGUGCGCGUGGGUGGCGGAUGGGACACCCUUUCUCACUACCUCGACAAACAUGAUCCCUGCCGGUGCCGCGCUCAACAUCGAUCAUCUGUGGCUGCGCGCUUGAUCACGAGAACGAAUGCCGCAACCAAUGGAAUUGAGCUCCAUCGUGCCCAAGUGUUUUACGAGAGAUCACCGCCAGUUGUACGUAAGCAGACCAACUCGAGUCCUGGCCAAGCACAGCAGCAAUCUCAUACACCGUCAAAUGGAUUCAUUAGCACAUUAUCGCCGCCCGGAGGGAAUCACAAUCGCAGCCGUAGUCCGACACCACAGAAGAAGAACUUGGUGGAAAGCUCACAGUCACCAGAAAAAUUCGUGGUGUCACCCGAGACCAGGAGAUCAAUGUCACCUGGAGCAAGACGACUUACGGACAUGCGACGAAAGCAGACAUCGCUGGAUUCAUGUCAAUCACCCGUGGGAACACCAUCCCCAAUUGUGGAGAUGGAUGAUCAGAAAGAUGAUACCAAAAGUGGAUCAGUGGAGAGUAGUGGAGCCAAUAGUGGGACGGAUACGUCGGUUAAGUUUGAGAACAUCAGCGACAAUGGGAGUGAAAUCAGUGAUGAAGGUUACCGCAGUUUGGGACUUAUUCAGGGAACAAAUGGCAAUAGUGGUGUGUCCAAGAGGACAUCGCUCCACAGUCAAGUAUCAAAUGAAGACGCAGAACUAAGUGUGCGUUUCGAUCAAGGGUCCAAUGAUUCCCAGGUGUCCCCAAAUGAUGAGCAGAGUACAAAGACUGCGGAGAGUAGCGAUUCUACCACUGCCACUGCACCAGAUGAUCUCGAUGCAAGAACACCAGAAUCAGAUGGGCGCAAUAAUUUUGAGAAGAAUGGUAUUUUCAUCACAGAAGAUGAGAUCAUGGUGGACAUUGCCAGUGCAACGGGUCUAAGGAAGACGGGUUUCUCGGAUAAUUUGUACGAUGAUGGUCAGAAGAAGCCAGUGAGUAGGAUUCCGCGAUCUCCCAUGGCUACAAGACGAAAGAGUGCUGAGGCAGCAGGGGAGAUUGUCACGGGAUUGCCACUGGUAUCGCGAAAGACACCCGUGUACCGAAGUGUGAGGAAGACAACCCCAGUGAAGGAGAAUUCCGUGGAGAAGAAUACAUGGAGUGGACGGGAGACAAAGAAACGUUCAUCCCUGACAACAGAAACAUUCAACCCACCAUCACGAUCGGCCAGCAGCACUAGUCCAUUCCACAGGAACUCAGCCGGAAGUCGGGCAUCCGUAGGUGGGGGACAAUACGAUAAGAAUGGACGUCGAAUGAAGUCAACAUCCCUCACGACGUCCCCCGUGAAGAGUGCCACAUCCCCGCUGGCGCAGCAAAUUCUCCAAGCGGCCGGCAGUGCUAAGAGUGAUUCGCAAAUAUUGGAGAAGAUGCGCGAGCUGCUGUCCAAGUACGACAGGGAGAACAGUGUUGCAGGUGAUUAUGAAAGUUUGGAUCUCACAACAGCGUGGGUGAAUAGCAAUGGGGCACUCGAUCGGGCUGGUAGUGGGCCAGUGAAGGUCGCUGUUACGUCAAAGAAAUCCACCGGAUCAACAAUCUCGUCUGCGGAUAGUGCCUCGGGUGUUGCAUCACCAACACCCCGUCGUGAUCGUGGCAUCAGCCGAAUUCCGGCUCCCGUGAGAGUAGCCACGGAUCUCUAUUGACCAAGAGUGUGUCACUGAGAAUUGUGCCACAGGGGGAUGGCUAUACGGAUCCGUCGAACGAUGAUCGCAAAUGGAGAGAAAUCAAUUUCUCUCAUUAGUCCGCACAAAACCCUCCCGUAAAUGCUAAAAAGAAAUAAAAGAGCCGUCUGAUACAAUUUUUCGGCAUCUUUCCGGCCACCACGAUCUCUUUAUUCCCGCGAGGGACAUCUUCCGUGGGACGAUUUUUUUAUUUGAGCUCAUUUUUUUUCUGCUGCGCACAAAAUGGCUAAGAAGACAAGUGAAAUGCCGAAGAGCAUUUUAGUUAAAUAAAGUGUCUCCCCUUUUUGCCAUCGACAAUUAAAAAAAAAGAAUCCAAUUGACCAUAAAGACAUUCAAAUUGGUCGGCGUGCGAUUGCAAAUGAUAGUGAUCUUGACAUCUUGAUCACUACGCUGUAUCCGUGCUUGUAUGUGUGUCUGUUUAUUUUUUUCUUACCUCCGCACCUGAAGGAGGAGGAGGAAGCUUUUUGGCGGCAAGUGGGCGCAGAAAAGUACCGCCCGGAGGCGCAGAUCAUUAAAUAUAUGAAGAUAAAAGAAGUCCACGUUAAUUGUGCUCUCACAAGAGGAAAAGAGUAGUUAAUUUUUGGCCACUAUAUAUACGAGUUUACUUGAUCAUACAAUGAUGGAAGAUUUUUAUUAUAUCACAGCAAUUCACUUCAAGUGAUUUUCACCUGAAAUAUUUUUAUUAUAAAUAAUAAUUAUUCAUGAAUUAAUAAAAAUGCAAAAUUCGACAUUUUUAUAAUUAAGUCGUUGAACCAUUGCAAAUUCUAAAAGAUCGUAUCCAUUACUUUCUUCCGCGUGCAUAUCUUUCUUUCCAUCUGCAGCAUUAUAAAUCAAUGGGAAGUUGAAAAGUUUUCAAAUUUAUUCACUUGAAUGAAAAUUAAAAUCUUAUUCAUAUUUUUCAUUAUUAAUUUUUGCAUUAAUUACUGUGCCAUAUUUGAUUGACUUCCUGUCUUUGCACAAAUUAUCUUAUGAAGCAUCAACAUUAUGGAAAAUACUUUGCUUUUGAUUUGCAUUUUUGAGUUAUUUUUUUGAGAAAUUCAACACCACCUAAAAAAAUUGUGUUCUCAUUCUAUGGCAUUUAUUAGAAGCAUUUCAACAAAAAGACAAUUAUAUUAAAUUUAAAAAAAUGAAGGAAGAGCAUUUAUGAACAUUAAACUCAAAAUAUAAUAAUAAAUUAUGAUGCUUCAAAAUCAUUAAAAAAAAAGUUAAAAUUAGAAUAAAAGCCUGUAAUAACCAAAACUUUUUGACUAUCCUAAGUUUAUAAAAAAUGCUGCUGCAAAAUUUAUUAAUGUGUAAAAGAAAUUGGAAUAUCAAAAGGAUUUAUAUUGGAGGAAUGAAAUAUUAGCAAACUUUUAUUGUUAAUUGGACUGAAUUUAAUAUAAUAUAUAACCUAUUAAAAUAGAGAGUUUAAAUUUUUUUGUAUAGAGAAAAGGCAAAAAAGAUUGCAAAUUGGUGCUGAUUGUUUGAAUAUUUUUUGAAUAAAAUAUUCAUGUUAGGAGUGAGAAAUAUUUAUAAUUACCUUCAAUUAAAUUUUUCAUUUCUUUAUCAAUUUUUUUGCUAUUUCUAUGAUUUUUUUUCGUAGAAGAGAAUAAAAGAAUUGAAAAAGCAAAAAAGUCUGUGACUGUCAUUCAUUUUUUGAUUGGUAGCAUUUUGGUAGAGGUCCUUUUUAAUGGAGAUUUUCUCCUAUAUAAGGCUUGUAGCAAAAAAAGAAUCCAUGGCAAAAGGAGAUAUAAAACGGCCUUGAUGAUCAGGAAUUUAAAAAAAGAAAAAGAAAUGAAAAGCAAAACACUAUUUUUCCUUAAGAAAUCCAUGUAGAACGUAAUAUAUGGAAUAACCAUUUAAUAGAAUGUAGGAAAAGAAAAAUCUAUAUAGUUUUCUAUUUAAUGGAAGUAUAUAUAACCUUUAUUCUGAGAGGAAAAAAAGUAGUGAGUAGUUAAGGCCAAAAUAUUUAUAUGUACGACAAAAAAAACCUUUACACGCUAUUAAUAAUGCAAAACUGUCUCUGUAAAACUUUAAGAUUAUAUUUAACGAAAAUAUUAUAAUAUAAAAAAUAUUUAGGCUCUUCUUACGAUUUAAUAAAACCUAUAUACCCAACAUAGGAUUAAUUUCCAAACAACAGAAUGACUUUUGACGCCAUAUAAUCCAGUUUUUUUUUGUGAACAAAUAGUGCAAUUUGUUAGUACCGCGACAGGAGGACAUUACAUACAAAGUGUAUCCUUUUAAGCUCCAUUAUUAUAUACUCUUUCUAUUUGUAUUUCUCCAAUUUAUACGUUGAGUUUUUUCGCAUUUAUGUAUGCAAUAAAAAGACAUAAAUGAGAAAUAAA